UGGUUGGAGUUGUGGUUUUUCUUUGAUCACAUUGAGAGACUAGACUGUGCCAAGAAUCUAGACUGUGCCCCUUUCCCGGUUACUGCCACUUAGUGAUAUGGUACUGUUCCUAUAGGUAACAAGUGGAAUUUCAUAUUUAAAACAGUACUCCUAGGCCCCAGAGCCUCAGCAGGCCCAGUGCCAUCUCAGCCCAGGUUCCAUGCUCCUCCCCAGUGGAAGCAGACAGCUACAGCUUUGUUUCCUCCCUGUUAGGCUGGUGCUGGGGGACCAGAUACUGGACUAAGAGUCUGACCUAGAGGGAUUUGAGUCUCUGUACUUCUGAUUUGCUCAUGCAUGCCAAAUAGCAGGGUGUGGGAAGAAUAUUCAGAAAGCACAUAAGUUAACCCUGUCAGCCAUGAACCAAAGAGCAACAAGACCAGACAGCGAAGGUAAACAAUAUGCUCGAUGUCUCAGAAGUCACCUGCAUGUCCCCUUCUAAUGCCUGUCCCUCUCAUGCCAAUUCACAGAUGGGCUGGGGACAGUCAUUGAAUGCAUGUCUGAAGGCCAAGUAUGUUUAAGCUGGAGGCACAGAAAGUCAAACCUCCUUAGAGGGAAAGAGCAUGGGCUCUGGGAAACCUACUAGAUGAGGGUAAAACCAGGCAUGUGAGCUCAGGCAAGUUACUUCCGUGCCUCGGCUUUCUUGCCUGUGAAAUGAGCUGGUACCGGCUUCCACAUGAAGCUCUUGCAAGGAAAAAUGAGCUAAUGCAGCUAACGGGCUUAGCACUUAGGAAGUACUCAGUAGAUGUUACCUGAAAUAAUGCUACGAUCCUGGUCUUUUGACUCAGACUUGGUAAAGAGCAUCCUGGUCAGGAAUGUUCCCUGGUCCACUUUUGCUUUGAGUUUCAGGUAGCCGGCCUCCUGUCUUCAGUGUGAUUGGAAGAAGAACCCCUCUCCCUGGCUGUCCCUUCGGAGGAACUGCUCUUUCCACCUGGAGGCCAGGGUCUGCUGGCCACAGAUCUGCUGCACAGGCUGGGACUGCUGGUUAGGCCUGGGACACUAGUGGCUGUGGACUGCCCAGCUCGGAGCAGCCCCUCUUUGACCGCCAUUGUCCGUAGACGUUGCGCGGUUGAGAAGCAGCCCCAUGAAGGUGCCCAGCCAUGCAAUGUUCCUGGAAGGCGGUCCUCCUGCUUGCCCUGGCCUCCAUCGCCAUCCAGUACACGGCCAUCCGCACCUUCACCGCCAAGUCCUUCCACACCUGUCCGGGGCUGUCGGAGGCAGGGCUGGCGGAGCGCCUGUGCGAGGAGGGCCCCACCUUCGCCUAUAACCUCUCCCGCAAGACCCACAUCCUCAUCUUGGCCACCACGCGUAGUGGCUCCUCCUUCGUGGGCCAGCUCUUCAACCAGCACCUGGACGUCUUCUACCUGUUCGAGCCCCUCUACCACGUCCAGAACACGCUGAUCCCCCGCUUCACCCAGGGCAGGAGCCCCGUCGACCGGCGGGUCAUGCUGGGCGCCAGCCGCGACCUCCUGAGGAGCCUCUAUGACUGUGACCUCUACUACCUGGAGAACUACAUUAAGCCGCCGCCCGUCAACCACACCACCGACAGGAUCUUCCGCCGCGGGGCCAGCAGGGUGCUCUGCUCGCGGCCGGUGUGUGACCCUCCGGGGCCCGCCGACCUGGUCCUGGAAGAGGGGGACUGCGUGCACAAGUGCGGCCUGCUGAACCUGACGGUGGCGGCUGAGGCCUGUCGCGAGCGCAGCCACGUGGCCAUCAAGACGGUGCGGGUGCCCGGGGUUAAUGACUUGCGGGCUCUAGUUGAAGACCCCCGGUUAAACCUCAAGGUCAUCCAGCUGGUCCGAGACCCUCGGGGCAUCCUGGCUUCACGGAGCGAGACCUUCCGCGACACGUACCGGCUGUGGCGGCUGUGGUACGGCACCGGGAGGAAACCCUACAACCUGGACGUGACGCAGCUGACCACGGUGUGCGAGGACUUCGCCCAGUCGGUGUCCACCGGCCUCCUGCGGCCCCCGUGGCUCAAGGGCAAGUACAUGUUGGUGCGCUACGAGGACCUGGCCAGGAACCCCAUGAAGAAGACUGAGGAGAUCUACGGGUUCCUGGGUAUCCCCUUGGACGGCCACGUGGCCCGCUGGAUCCAGAACAACACGCAGGGCGACCCCGCCUUGGGCAAGCACAAGUACGGCACCGUGCGCAACUCGGCCGCCACCGCCGAGAAGUGGCGCUUCCGUCUCUCCUACGACAUUGUGGCCUUUGCCCAGAACGCCUGUCAGCAGGUGCUGGCCCAGCUGGGCUACAAGAUGGCCAGCUCGGCGGAGGAGCUGAGGAACCCCUCAGUGAGCCUGGUGGAGGAGCGGGACUUCGGCCCUUUCUCGUGACGCGGGCGCCGUGGCGGGGGUGGGGGGCACCCAUGUCGGUUUUGAUAAAAUGGGCCGUUUUUAACUGUUGCCUUAUUUCCUCCUCCCUCUCCCACUGUCUUGGUGUCCUUCCUGCCCCCUGCCCACCCCACUCCCUUCUGCCCUUUUUGUCUUUGAAAUUUGCACUAUGUCUGGGACGGGAAUCACUGGGGCAGAGGGCGCCUGAAGUGGGGUACGCCCCCACCCCACCCCAGUCAGACACGGAUGUUGGUUGGGUCUCUACGUGGACAGUGACAAUGUUUACAAGCAGCACACUCACACAUUCACACACGCACACGGGCCCCCACCGGGAGAGGCACCCCAGCCACACGACUUGUCGAGCUUUUGGAAUGGACGGAUGGUGGGGGACUGUCGUUUUUGCACUGUCUUAUUUCUACAAGGUAAGAGGACAAGAGCGAAAGGACCACCUCUCUCUAACUUAUGAAUGGUGUCUGUCCCUUCCCCAGCCCUGCUUUCUGCCUCUGACACCCGUUUUUCCCCUUAGAGCAGAGAAACUGCCCCCUCCUGCCCGCCCUUGCCUGUGGUGAGCAGGUUUUUACUGUGAGGUGAACGUGGACCGUGUUUAUUUUUCCUAGUCUGUGGCGAUGCUGUCUGUCUGUCUGAGUCUUGUGGCUGCCCCUGGACCAGGGAUGACUGAUGAAUCUUAUGAGUUUCUGAUUGAUCUUGGGGUCCAUCUGUGAUAUUUCUUUGUGCCAAAAAAAAAAAAAAAAGAAAAGAAAAAAGUGGAUCAAUUUGCUAAACAAACAUUGAAAUACUUAAUCAGUGUUUUCUGUAAAUAAAAGAGUGCAAUGAUA